ACCAGAGUACGAAAAUACGGAUCGGAUGUCUUUACAAGAAGUUGUCUCGUCAAACUGACCCUUUAGGUCACAGUGACGAUAGUAGACCGCUUGAAAGACCAGAGUGUGAACAUAAGUGACAUAGAAGGAACCAGCAGUACGGCGACGAAAUUAAGAUUUGUUUUCUUCAGUUGCUUCCAUAAGUUACAUAUCAACCCAAGUUAAAAUGCUGCUGUCGGUUGCCUUGCUGUUGAUAUCAGCUGUUACCAUGGUGAUUAAGGGUCAGGGUAACUGUGAUGAUCAUACCUGUUUGAACUACUGCUGUAAUGUGCAUCACCAUCAUCACCAGGACAUUGAUUGCUCAAACUGUGCCGAUUGUUGUUCGAUGUUGCCCAUCGUGUACUCCGAUUGGUCGCAGUGUUCGCUUGAAUGUGGAGGGGGUAUACAAUACCGCUACUGUAUCCAGAACUGUGCGCAUUCACAUAUGGCAGAGGAGCCUCGGAGCUGCAAUUUACAACCGUGUCAACCCACAAAACUCCAGAGAGACUGUCUAGCGUUGUUGGAAACAGGAUGGACACAGAGUGGAGUGUAUAAUAUAUCUGUGACAGGAACGAGCACGACCUCGGUUUGGUGUGACAUGGAGACAGAUGGUGGCGGUUGGACGGUGUUUCAGAGACGUAUAGACGGCACCACCGACUUUUAUAGAGGAUGGGACGAAUAUAGAGACGGCUUUGGUGACGUUAACCACGAGUAUUGGUUAGGAAAUGAACAUCUGCACGCCCUCCUGUUAGGAGGUGAAAAUGAACUGAGAGUUGACAUGGAGGAUUUCGAAAACAACACUGCCUAUGCCAAAUACAACCAUUUUGACAUUGGGGACGCCGCAAAUAAGUACCGACUGGACAUUUCGGGGUUUUCAGGAAAUACAGGCGAUUCCAUGAAACGUCAUAACGGCCGUCCAUUCACCACAAAAGAUCAAAAUAAUGGAAAUUCAAUCAACUGUGCUGUUCGAUAUCACGGUGCCUGGUGGUACAACUAUUGUCAUGACACCAAUCUUAACGGGCUCUACCUAGGCAUUACUUCUAUAUAUGGCAAAGGAAUAGUAUGGUUUAGCUGGAAAGGAUAUAACUAUUCACUGAAAAGUACAAAAAUGAUGUAUCGAAGGUUGGCAACAGCAUAGUGUUGAGCAAUAAACCCUUAUAGUUGUUGAAAAGAAGACUUUUUUGGUGUUGAAAGUGUUCUGUGAGAUGUACAUUUUAUUAUGAUAAUGAUCUCAAACGAGAAUAA